GGCCCUUUACUAACCAGAAUUCCUGUGUGGUCUUCCAGGCACAGCCAGGACCCCAUGACUAGCUGAUCCUUCCAUCCCAGAGUGAUGGAUUCAGAUGAUUUCACCCGUGUGGACUCUGAGUUCCGAUACACUCUCUUCCCAGUUGUCUACAGCGUCAUCUUUGUGCUGGGGGUCAUCGCCAACGGCUAUGUGCUGUGGGUCUUUGCCCACCUGUACCCUUCCAAGAAACUCAAUGAGAUAAAGAUCUUCAUGGUGAACCUCACCAUGGCCGACCUGCUUUUCCUGAUCACCCUGCCACUGUGGAUCGUUUACUACUACAACCAGGGCAACUGGAUUCUUCCCAAAUUCCUGUGCAACCUGGCGGGCUGCCUCUUCUUCAUCAACACCUACUGCUCUGUGGCCUUCCUGGGUGUCAUCACUUACAACCGCUUCCAAGCGGUAACUCAACCCAUCAAGACUGCUCAGGCCACCACCCGCAAGCGUGGCAUCACUUUGUCCCUGGUCAUCUGGGUGGCCAUUGUGGGCGCGGCAUCCUACUUUCUCAUCCUGGACUCCACCAACGCAGUGCUCAACAAAGCUGGCUCAGGCAACAUCACCCGCUGCUUUGAGCAUUACGAGAAGGGCAGCGUGCCGGUCCUCAUCAUCCACAUCUUCAUCGUGUUCAGCUUCUUCCUUGUCUUCCUCAUGAUCCUCUUCUGCAACCUGGUCAUCAUCCGCACGCUACUCAUGCAGCCAGUGCAGCAGAAGCGCAACGCUGAAGUCAAGCGCCGGGCGUUGUGGAUGGUCUGCACGGUCUUGGCGGUGUUCAUCAUCUGCUUUGUGCCCCACCACAUGGUGCAGCUGCCCUGGACCCUUGCCGAGUUGGGCUUUCAGAACAGUGACUUCCACCAGGCUAUUAACGAUGCACAUCAGAUCACCCUCUGCCUCCUUAGCACCAACUGUGUCUUAGACCCCAUCAUCUACUGUUUCCUCACCAAGAAGUUCCGCAAACACCUCACUGAGAAGUUCUACAGCAUGCGCAGCAGCCGGAAGUGCUCCCGGGCCACCACAGAUACGGGCACCGAUGUGGUUGUGCCACUUAAUCAGGUCCCUGCCAAUUCUCUCAAAAAUUAGUUCCUGCUUGUUGGGGCCAGGCCUAAAGCCUUUUCCUUCAUGGACAUCACAGCAUGGGCUGGAAGAAGAAGGGAUAUUUGCUGUGGUCUGGGCACCUCCUCCAUGGGCACUGGCGGCCUGUUGGAUAUGUAGGCUACCCUACCCAGGCAAAGAUGAUGGCAGAGCCAGAGUGUGGGGAAAUCCAGAACUCAAAUGAGUCCCUUCAUCCACCUUUGGGCACAUACUGUAGUAACCUUGGCUGGUGACCUCAUCCUGAGCCUGAGU